CGGGGGAAGGAACCCUGUCCCACAUCCCCAGUAGGAAUCAAGACUCUCAACCCACCACAAAGUUCUGCCUUAGGUCUCUGCCCCAAAACACUGUGGAAGCUGUGCUGGAGCACUGAGCUGCGUCCAGGUGGGUGCUCAGCACCCUCCUUGUGACGGCACUGGGUGGGAGGUGGGUGCUGUGCUGCCUUGGCCUCGCACACCCAUGAGGGAGGUCCCGUGCUCUGUGGAUUGGCCCCACCGGGACGUUGGCUGCAGAUGAGGCUCCACCACAGAUAAAAGCGCAGGCAUGGAGGGAGCCGCAGUGAGGACAGCAGAUCGCAAGGUGAGAGCCUGACCCAUCACUGCUUGCUUCUGCUUUGGGGGAGCUCUCAUCCCUGUCCCAUGAGUGGGGGCUGGGACUGUGUUUGGAGCAUCCAGAGGAAGUCUAUACUUCCCGCUGCUCAAUGGCUUUCCCCACCUUGCCCCAGCGCCAAGCACGGCUUAGGGAACAGCAAGGAUGCGGCCGGACCACAUUUCUGGUGUUGCCAGAGCUCCUCCACAGGGAACGGGUUGAGCUCAGUGGUUUUAGGUGAACUCCAGACUGCCUUUGCCAGCAGCUCCAUGGUGGGUGCUGGGAGAUGAGCAGGAACCGCAGCCACAGCUCUGGGCUUGUUCUGAUAAAGCUGAGAGUUUUGGAACAGCCUUCGGAGGUGAGUGGGUCAGCUUUGGGCCAGAGCGGAGAGUGAGAUGAGACCUCAGGGAGAAGUGUUUUGCUGUGAGGGUGGGGAGGCCCUGGCCCAGAUUGCCCAGAGCAGUGGUGGCUGCCCCAUCCCUGGAGGGGUUCCAGGCCAGGUUGGAUGGGGCUUGGAGCCCCUGAUCCAGUGGGAGGUGUCCCUGCCCAUGGCAGGGAUGGAACUGGAUGGGCUUAGAGGUCCCUUCCAACACAAAUUGCUCUGUGAUUCCAUGAUGCUCAUGUGUCCAGGACCUCUCGUGCUGCUCUGGCUGAUCCCUCUUCUCCUCUGGCUGAAUAGGCAGAGACUGCUUUUCCAACCUCAACCCCAAUCUCUCCCUGUGCACUCAAGCUGCCCUCCUGCAGGGCUGCCGGGAUCCUCUGGCUGCUGCCCCGUGUUGUGUUACCGCUGUCAUCCCAGAGCGGUGUGUGAGGUCCCUCGGGAAGGCAGAUUCAUUUCCACGUGUGAUGGCAAGAACCUCCCAGGGAGCAAAGGCACUCUUGGGGCUGAAGCUUGGGAUACCUCAUGAACCCCCGUACCAUGUGCCCUCAGCAGUGGGGGCACCGACCUUCCCGGUGCAUUGUGACAGCCACUGUUUCUUGGUUUUCUUUACUUCUCACAUUUUUUUUUCAGGGAUGAAGGCAGAAAUCUUCUUGAGGCUGCUGGUGCUCCUCAGCCUGCUCCACGCACCUCUGUCUUCUGGCUAUGACCUGGCAGAGGAGCUGUCGGACGUUUCUAUCCUGAGCAGUGUGGACAAAGCCAAGCUGUUGGUGGAUGCAGCCUACAAGCGCACACGCGACCGCAUAAAGGAACACCUGCAGAACAAUGCCCUGACCCCAGUAGAGCUCCUGGGGUAUUUCAAACAACCGGUGGCAGGGACUCGGGCUGCCUCUCGGGCUGCGGAUUACAUGGAAACCACGCUGAGCCUCCUCAAGGAGAAGCUGCACAGGGCUGUGAGAGGGGACUUCAACGUCACGGACUUGCUCACUCCAGUGCAGCUGGAGAGGAUUUUCAAGGCAAGUGGAUGCGACCAACAGGAGAAGAAAAUGACUUGUGAUGCUUCUGGCCAGUACCGGACGAUCACGGGCGAGUGCAACAACAGGAAGCAUCCAUCUCUAGGAGCUUCAAACAGAGCCCUGGUCAGAUGGUUACCAGCAGACUAUGAAGACGGUGUGUCCAUCCCCCAUGGGUGGACGGAAGGAAAGCAUUUCUUUGGAUUUCCCUUCCCGCUGGUUCGAAAAGUGUCAAACGAGAUUGUCCGCUUCUCCCCUGAGCAGCUCAGGUUGGACCAGCAGAGAUCACUCAUGUUCAUGCAAUGGGGCCAAUUUAUUGACCACGACCUGGAUUUCAGCCCGGACACUCCAUCCAGAGUCACCUUCAGCGGCAAGGUGGACUGUGAAACCAGCUGUGACAAGGAGCCUCCUUGCUUUCCUAUCAAGAUCCCACCCAAUGACCCACGGAUUAAAAACACAAAAGAUUGCCUCCCUUUCUCCCGCUCAGCUGCUGUUUGCCCCAGCGGCAGAGCAACUCGAGAACAGAUCAAUGCGCUCACCUCCUUUCUCGAUGGCAGCAUGGUGUACGGCAGUGAGGUGCCUUUGGCCAACAAACUGAGGAAUCAGACCAACCAGCUGGGCUUGCUGGCUGUCAACCACAAUUUCACGGAUCAAGGGAGGGAGUACAUGCCCUUUGCCGGCACCGCGAAGGACCCCUGCCUUAUAGUCAGCAAGGGAGCGAAAAUCCCUUGCUUUCUUGCAGGUGAUUUUCGAGCGAACGAGAUGCUGGGGCUGACAUGCAUGCACACACUCUUUGUACGGGAACACAACCGCCUGGCGAGACAGCUGAAGAGACUAAAUCCUCACUGGGGUGGAGAGAAGCUGUACCAGGAGGCACGGAAGAUCCUGGGUGCCAUGAUCCAGAUUAUAACCUACAGGGAUUACCUACCUCUUCUGUUGGGAAGAAGCUUCCAGAAACUGAUUCCUCGCUACCGUGGCUACAAUGAGUCUGUGGACCCUCGAAUAUCCAAUGUCUUCACCCUGGCUUUUCGUUUUGCUCAUGCUUCGGUUCCCCCAACUGUUGAUCGCUUAAAUGAGAAUUACAAGCCCAUAGGUCCAAAAAUUCCACUGAGAAAUGCCUUCUUUGCUGUCUGGAGGAUCGUGAAAGAAGGUGGUAUUGACCCCUUUUUCCGGAACCUGAUCGUCAGUCAGGCCAAGCUGAUGACCCAGAAGCAAAUGGUUGUGGAUGACCUCCGAGAUCACAUGUUUGAGCAGGUUGAAAGGAUUGGGUUUGAUUUACCAGCACUUAACAUGCAACGUGGCAGAGAUCAUGGCCUUGCAGGUUAUAGUUCCUGGAGAAAAUUCUGCGGGCUCUCGCAACCUUCCGGACUGAAUUCACUUGCUCAAGUGUUGAGGAAUGUUGAUCUAGCAAAGAAGUUCCUACAGCUAUAUGGGACACCAAAGAACAUAGACAUUUGGAUUGGGGCACUUGCAGAGCCCUUUGUGAAGGGAGGCAGAGUCGGGCCUCUCAUGGCUUGUCUCAUCGGCGCCCAGUUCAGGAAUGUUCGUGAUGGGGACAGGUUUUGGUGGCAGAACAGCGGGGUUUUCACUCCACAGCAGCGCUCUUCACUGGCCAAAAUCUCCUUGUCACGAAUAAUAUGUGACAACACCAACAUCUCUAAAGUUCCAAAACGAAUCUUCCUGGCCAACAGGAAUCCUUGGUUCUUUGUGAGCUGCAGACGUUUCCCAAAGCUGGACCUCAGAGCCUGGAAGUCGAAGAGCACUGAGGAAUUUACAGAGCGAGUAGAAACAUCUGGUGACAUCUAAUGCUGAACACUGAGGAUUCCCCAGAUACCUGGACUUGGGCAGCUGCUGAGAUGGAAUGUUUUGCUUUACAGUGUGCAUGCUUUUAUUGCCUGAAAUGUUUGGCCGUGAUUGCUGUCAUUUGCUCAAUUUAGUUUGCAUGAAGCCUUUUCGGUGAGAUGGAGUCCAGCUCUAAGAGAAAGAUGUCCCAGCUCUGUGCAAAGCACUCCGUAUCCCAAAGCAAAGCAGAACAAGUUAUCCAGAGGCUUAAGCAAUUCCACAUAUAACUGAGUUGCAGUGAGCUUUACUGUCAAAAACAUGGUUUGGACCCUCCUUUCAAAGUUUCCAGCCUACAUAGAAAAUGAUCAGGACAGUUCAACCUCUGCUUAUUGUCGCUCUCAAUGUUUUUGUUUAAAACAAGAACAUACUUCAGUUUGCAGAGAAAAUCUACUCAUUUCAUGCUGCCUUUGAGGGAAACAAGAGCUGCCUUGCACCUCAAAUAGACUUGUUGAAAAUGUAUGUUUGAGGUUUUGCUUGAAUAUGGAAUGAAGAAAUAGUCCACAUGGAAGAAAGCUGUUUUCUCACCAUAUGUGCCCUUAUCCCAGAAUGCCUAAGGCACCAUCCAGUGUGAUAGAGAUCCAGGACAAGCUAUUCCAGCAGCCUGGCAUGAGCCAGAGGGACUAGCUGUGGAGCUGCUGAAAUGUGUCCUGGAAAAGAUAAUCAUAGAAUGCUUUGUGUUGGAAGGGACCUUAAAGCCCAUGCAGUUCCACCCCUGGCCACGGGCAGGGACACCUCCCACUGGGUCAGGGGCUCCAAGCCCCAUCCAACCUGGUCUUGAACCCCUCCAGGGAUGGGGCAGCCACCACUGCUCUGGGCAACCUGGGCCAGGGCCUCCCCACCCUCACAGCAAAACAUUUCUUCCUAAGAUCUAAACUGUUCCACUCAUCCUCUCCCUGUACUCCCUGAUCCAGAGCCCCUCCCCAGCUUUCCUGGAGCCCCUUUCAGUACUGGAAGCUGCUGGAACAGAGCAGUCUGAACAUACAAGAAAGUAAAACCUAAUCUUGUCUUACUCCAACUUUCUCCCCUCAAUAUCUUUUCUUGAAGGGGAUCCAAACCACUUUCUGUUUGCUCUGCAGUUUGCUCUGUUGUGGUUAUUGAUCAAUAAAUUGCAAUUUUGAACUGAGGCCAAAUUGUUCCUUGAGCUCUGUGAAAGGUGCAACAGCUGCAGUGAGUGGAGGAUGGUGAUGAGUUGUGUAUGAGGAUAUCAGGCAAAGCAGGUCAAAGAAUCUGUGUAUUUUUAAUGAAAUAUGGUGCUACAGUCUAACCGAUAUUCUUAUGUUGAUUUGCAAUAUGAAAUAUCCCACAGAGAAAGUGUGUGGUGCAGGAUUUAGUUCCAAAUAAAGCCUUGACAUCUCCUCAUCAUCACCUCUGAAAUGGGAAAGGUCUCUGUGAGAUCCUCAGAGCAAAAGAAGAGGCUUCUGCCAGCACUGUUCUAUGAGUCUAUGAGUACACUUCACCUGAGUGGAGGCCCACAAGGCAGUCAGCGGGCCGGAGCACGGGAUGUACAAAGAAAGGCUGAGGAAGCUCGAUUUGCUCUGCCUAGAGAAGAGAAGGGGAGAGGCCAGUGAUUUUUUUUGGUCUUCAACUCUUCAAAGGCACAGGAUUGCACAAUGAGAGCUGCCAGAUACAGGCUGCAACAAGGGAAAUUCCUAUUAAAUAAAUGAAACUACUGUUUCCUCUGAUAGAGGUGCAACAUGGACACAGAGACCAAAGAACUGUCCUUGGAGAGUCUCCAAACUUGCCUAGACAAGGCCCUGAGCAAGUUAAUUUGGUUUUGGUGUUAACGCUGCUCUGAGUAGCUGGCUGUAUCAUAGACCUCCAGGGGUCCCUUCCUGCCUUGAUUUUUCUGUGAUUUACAGUGAUGAAGUGAUUUCUUUCCCAGCCCACUUCUCACCUGCCUGUACCAAGCGCUACCCUCUUGGAUGCAGGUCCCACAGCCAAGGUUCAAUUCAAGCCUGGUGCAUUAUGUUUCUGUCAGGGCUUUCUGGAUGCCACAGCUUUUCUUGCAGAUACCCCUCCUGUAAUGAAAAUGUCAAGCUUUGUCUUUGUUUAUCAGUAAGUACCCAAUGCUAAUCUGUACCUUGUAAAACUGAGUGAUACAUGGAUUCACCACGUAGCUGCGGCUGGAACAGGAUAAAUACAAAUUCCUCAGACUUGAGGAUGUGUCUCCUAUGAGUUUACCCCAGAAUCCCUCUGAAGUUUUUUAUAUCAGCGUUAAUGGCUCUGUUGAACUGAGAAGUAACUGCAUGGACUAGAGGAGUUCCCUUUUGUACUGUUCGCCUUUUGAAGGCCGAGUUGCUGAUGUGGUACUUUGCACUGAGCACUUCCAGCACUUCACUUCUUGAUAGUAUUGUAGAAUGUCCUGAGCUGGAAGGGACCCAAAAGGCUCAUCAAGUCCAACUCCUGUUCCUGCACAAGUGCCAACAUUCACACUGUGGGGUUGAGAGCGUUGUCCAAACACUUCUGGAAUAUUGUCAGCCUUGGUGCUGUGACUGCUUCCCUGGGAGCUGUUCCAGGGCUCCACCACCCUCUGGGGAAGAACCUUUUCCUCAUGUCCAACCUAACCCUCCCCUGGCACAGCUUCCUGCCAUUCCCUCGGCUCCUGUCCUUGGUCACCAGAGAGAAGAGCUCAGCGCCUGCUCCUCCUCCUCCCAAUGUGAGGAAGCUGCAGAGCGCCAUGAGGUCUCCCCUCAGCCUCCUCUCCUUCAGGCUGAACAUUCCCAGGGACUUCAUCCGCUCCUCACACUCUUCCCCUACAAACCCUUCCCCAGCUCCGUGCCCUCCUCUGGAUGCUCUCCAGUAGCUUUAGACCCUUUUUAUCCUGUGGUGCCCAGAAUGGCCCCCAGUGCUCAAGGUGGGGCUGCCCCAGCGUGGAGCAGAGCAUAACAAGUCUGUUCUCGUGGAGCUCUUUGUGCCAGCGGUUUCCAGCGGGAUUUGGUCCCAUUUCAGAAUCCAGCCCAUUGCUUUUGCAUUUAGAAAUCACGUUGUGGUUUUUAACCUGAGCAACUCCCUUCUCUCUCUAACAUCACUGUGCUGACAGUCCAUUUUCUUCUGAGCCUUCCUUUGCUCACUGUGCACAAGACAAUUUUUGUGGCCAUUUCCCAUCAGGUUAGAUCACCUUCCCUGCCUCCAUCUCUCUCUUCUGGCCAGUAUGUUGGUGAGCAGGAGAGUCAUAAAAUCUGCAUGAUGAAAGCUCACCUUAUGAGCGAUCCCCUCCUCUCCCUAUCUAAGAUUCACUUUAUUGAGCCAGGGCGAUAUGGGUGCAGAGACCCUGGGGCAAAAGAGAGUUAGCUAAGAAUGGAUAUGUUCAGUCUGGAAACUGGCGGCUUCAUUAGAGGUGUGGUUUCUGAAAACGCCUUGCAGGUUAAGCAAGACCCGACUGCUUUUGAAAUGGAAGCAUGAUGAUGGAUCCUAGUGCUAGGGAUCCUUGCAACAGAACAGAGUGCUAGCUGAGGAUUCUAGUAUCUGUGGGUUUGAAGCCAAAAAGUUUUGUUAGAUCUGAACUGACAGUGUCUCCAGGGGGAUUUGGGAACGCCAUAACUUUCAUUGUUGUUGAAAGCUCCAGAUAACCAUUAGCCUAACUUCAAACUGUCACAUAUCUGGUGUCUUCUUGAGAUGACAUCUGUCCUCAGUGCUUUAGAUGUGCGGAGUUACCUUUCUUCAUGGAACAGCUUGGUGAUGCCCAGCUGGUGUUGGUUGUUCCUCAGUGUGGUGGUGCCAUGGAGAAACUUUCAGAGUAUAAGAAUCAUAAACAUCGGAAAAGACCUCUGAGAUCAUCCAAUCUCACCAUGUCUACCAAACCAUGUCCCAAAGUGCCACAUCACAUUGUUUUUCAGCACCUCCAAGGAUGGAGACUUCCCCACUGCCCUGAGAAGCCUCUGCCUUCACCACUCUUGCAGUAAAGAAAUUGUUCCUAAUAUCCAAUCUAAACCUCUCCUGGCACCACCUGAGGCCAUUUCCUCUCAUUCUAUCCCUUGUUACUUGGAAGAAGAGACCAACACUCACCUCGCUACAACCUCCUUUACAGGUGCCACUGAGAGUGAUGAGGUCUCCCCUCAGCCUCCUCUUCUUCUCUCAGAGGUGAACAUGCUGAGGAUCUAAUUGAUCCUCACACCCGUAAAUCUCCUUAUGUGGGUCCAUUUUCACCCUGGGGACACCACCAAGUAUGUGUGCUAGAGACAUCUUUCUGCCUGCUCCCCAGGUUCAGGAUUUUGUGUUCUCAUAGAUCAUCUGUAUUUUGGGGUUAAUGGGCUCUUUUGAGUGAGUCAUCAACUUGCCACAGCUUAAGGACACAUGCACCGUGUACUGCAGGAGCACAAUUUGUGGUCAAUGGCUCAACGUCCAAGCGGAGACUGGUGGUGAGUGGCAUUCCUCAGGGGUCAGUGUUGUUUAACGUCUUUGUUGCAGAAAUGGACAGUAGGAUUGAGCAUUCAUGGGACUGGAGACAGUUCAUAGAGACCAGUCAUGACUGCCUCUCCGAUGUCUCAUCCAGCAAAAAGUUACCUUCUUAAUGCCUAUUAACUUUCUUAAUAUCUUAUCAGUACCAAUUAUCAUCUUUCAUGCCUUCCUCUCUAACAGGUUUCUCCAAGCCCCAUCCAGGCUUUCCUUCAACACCUUCAGGGAUGGGACGUGCACCACAUCACAGCAAAAUAUUUCUUCCUAAGAUCUCAUGUCGGUCUCCCCUCUUGCAGCUCAAAACUGUUACCCUUUGUCUUAUACCUGCAGUCUCUGAUCAAAUGUCCCUCCCCAGCUUUCCUGGAGCCCCUUUCAGCACUGGAAGCUGCUCUGAGGUCUCCCCUCAGCCUUCUCUUCUCCAGGCUGAACAACCCUAACUCUCUCAGCCUGUCCUCGUACUGGAGGUGCUCCAGCCCUCAGAUCAUCUUCCUUUUAUUAUUAUUGUUUUAUUAAAGCUGGUUUAUUGUUUGUUUCCAACCAGCAAG